GAUGCCGAGAAUACUGAGUACAUCGGCGAAGUUUUUAGGUUAACUCAGUCUGUGUUCGGUGUGAUCGGUGCGUGCGUGUACUCAUCAGGGUUCGUCACACUUCAGCGUGUUAGAAGGCUACGGAAUACAGGUACCUCAAUAAUGGCGUCUCCUCGGCCGAAGUCGCCUCGAACUCCAAUUUCUACGAAGAAAGAGGAGAAAGAAGAGAGCUUUUGGGAUAAAAUUGGAACGCUCGGACGGAAGAAGCGCAUUAAGGAAGUGCAAGAUGUACAGGAAGAAGGAAAAUACGCAAUCGAUUCGCCUGGAUAUGCUGCCAAUCCUGACAUGCCACCAGAGGAGUACGCUCUCGACGAGAACGAGGAGCGUUCCAUGAUAGAGCCAAAGUCCCUCGAGGAUCCGAAGCUACAAGAAUUGAUAUCCGUGCUAAUCGAGUGGAUUAACGACGAGUUGGCUGAUCAGCGAAUCAUCGUGAAGGACAUCGUAGAAGAUCUUUACGAUGGACAAGUGUUACAGAAGCUCUUAGAAAAACUGACCGGGGAGAAAUUGGACGUGCCUGAGGUGACGCAGUCCGAGGAGGGCCAGAAGCAGAAGCUGGCCGUUGUCCUGUCCGCCGCUAAUCGAGUGCUGGGCCGGUAUCCGCCUUACAAGUGGAGCGUCGAGUCCGUGCACUCGAAGAACAUCGUUGCGAUCCUGCACCUGCUGGUUGGCCUGGCCCGUCUGUUCCGCGCUCCCGUCAGACUGCCGGAGAGAGUCACCGUUCAAGUGGUAGUAGUGCGCAAGAAGGACGGCCAGCUGAUACACCGAACAGUCAGGGAAGAACUGACGACGACGUACGAUGAUCUGGGCAUGCGCUGCGAACGCGACGCGUUCGACACCCUCUUCGAUCACGCGCCGGACAAAUUGGCUGUCGUGAAGAAGUCUCUGGUAACGUUCGUGAACAAGCACCUAAGCAAAGUACACUUGGAAGUGACUGAUCUCGACACUCAAUUCCACGACGGCGUCUUCCUGACCUUGCUGCUCGGUCUCUUAGAAGGCUUCUUCGUUCCGCUAGGUAGCUUUCACUUGACGCCAAAGACGAUCGACCAGAAAGUCCACAAUGUCUCGUUCGCGUUUGACAUUAUGCGGGAUAUCGGGCUACCGAAACCGAAAGCUCGUCCCGAAGAUAUCGUAAAUUUGGAUCUGAAGUCUACGCUUCGCGUGUUGUACAAUCUCUUUACCAAGUACAAGGGAAUAAAUUAAGAAAAUUUAUGUACAUACAUUGGAGGGGAGGAAAUCACCUGGAUUUACGCGCAAAGUGUCGCGUUAUUAAAGUUAAUGAUUUUAAUUAUAUUAACAACGCCAAUACUGCGACAUGAUUCUAUUACUGAACUGCCAUUAAAAUCUUAUUUAUAGAAAAUGUUAAAUAUAUGAGUCUGCUCUUAUAGCUGCGCAUUUUAUGCUUUAUUGUAUGUCUCUUCUUCCAAAAUAUAAACUUUAUAUAUGUUUAUAUCAUAUUCAAACAGGUGAAAGAAUAAAACGAAUAUAGCUAAAUAGAGCAGACUACACGUGCACAUUAUAAGCUUUAAACGUAACGUGCCUUUUCAUAUAUGUAUAAUAUAGUAUUUUAUAAUAUUUAUUUUUAUCAUGAUUUUUAACUGUAUUGAUGUUUUGAUCUAUCUAGAGAGAAAUGUAAAAAACUGUUUAUAUUAAUAAAUAUAUUUAUCUAU